AAUGUGAGUUGGUGUUGUUUUCGUUAUAAAUAAAUCCAAAGGAAUUGACUUGAAAUAAGUAAAGUUAUCGCAAUAAACGUAUAAAAUUAAAAAUCAAAUGGCUCCACCGAAGCCCAAGGAGGUGGCCAAGGCGCCCGCAGCGCCUGCUGGUGCAGUUGUAAAGAAGCGUAAAUUUGGCGUACCGAGGAAUUAUAAUUUGGGCAAUGGAGUUGUCCGUUUUUCCAAGACUAAAAUGUUCCACAAGAAGGCCAAGUACAAGUUCAUUGGCAAGAAAAACCCAAAGGCAGAAAAGCCCAAGAAGCCUACAGUGGUGGUUAAGACAAUCGGUGGUGAGAAGAAUGGUGGGACCCGAACAGUGCUUCUGAAACGCAGGAAGUCUUUCUACCCCACUCAAGACAAGAUCACCACUCGUUCCCACCAUAAGACGUUCAGCAAACAUGUGCGUCGCACCCGGCCGAGCCUGACCGUGGGUACGGUGUGCAUUCUGCUGGCUGGCCGGCACGCGGGCAAACGCGUCGUGCUCGUCGGAGUGCUACCCAGUGGUCUGCUGCUUAUCACUGGUCCUUUUGCUUUCAACUCAUGCCCGCUGCGCCGUGUCUCGCAGCGCUACGUGAUUGGCACAUCAACAAAGGUGGACCUUGGAAAGUUCAAGCUGCCCAAGCAUCUCAAUGAUGACUACUUCAAGAAGAACAAGAAGAGCACCAAGCGCAGCGUCAAGCGUAAGCAGGGCGAGGAUAUAUUUGCUAGCAAAAAGGAGAAAUACGUUCCCUCCGAGCAGAGGAAGACCGACCAGAAGUCUGUAGAUGAGGCAGUAAUAAAGGCAAUCGGUUUGCGCGCUGACAAGAAGCAGCUGCGCGGGUACUUGCGCGCCGCCUUCGGGCUGCGCUCCAGCCAGUACCCGCACAGGAUGUGCUUCUAGAUGUAGGCCGCAUUAUAUAUAAAUAUAACACAA